AUGUCGGAGGCGGCUAAGAGGCGGCCGCCUAUAUGGCUAGGGCCGGGGACGACGACAGGGUCAUUGGGCGCACCUCAUGCGGCAUGUAUGACGGCGGGUCGACCACGCGGGGGCGUCCACGAUGAGGUCGAGGUGAUGUCCACGGGCAAGCUUGAUGACGACGAGGAUUACGACGCCGCGGCGAUCAAACAGGAGCUAGGGCAGUACACGCCCGCCCCAGCAUCAGCAUCGAACGAGUUCUCGCCCACCCUGUACUCGGUCGAGGAGGCAAAGCCGGCGGCGCCUGUGCAGCGCGCGAGCUCAUCGUCGGCCUCGAACAGGCGCGUGGACCGCCCAGAGGAGGACCACUACCCGCUCCAGCCCAAUCUGCUCCGCCAGCAGCCGCCCUACUCGGCCGAGUCGCCGUCGAGGCGUCUGCCAUUGUCAGGGCGCUCGUCGGGCGACGGCCGCUUCCGCAAAGCGUCGUCAGAGUGCUCAAGCUCCGCGGGCUGCUCGCCGCCGCCAAUCUUUGGUUAG